AUUUAUGUAAAGAAAAUAGUAAUAUGAAAAGGAUUUCGAUUCCUAUAAACAUAAUAUAAAACUAACUGAAGAAUAAAUGCUUAAGUCUGUUGAAGCAGCUGCCAAACAUAAAGAAAUUUGUCUCAAAAAUUCAAAUAAUUUUGAGUUGUUUGCCACAUGUAAAAAUUAAUUAAAUUUAAUUAGGUAUGGAAAAAUAUGAAGGAAAAAUAGACAACAUUGCUAACUUCUUAUCAAUACGCUUACUUUUUAUUGAAAGGUAAGCUUUACAAUGUUAUUAAUCAUAAUCAGAUGAACGAGAAUAUGAAUAAUGUCAUCAAAAAGUCGAAUAAGAAUUACAUAAUUGUUACAAUGAAUAUUAUUAAGGAUUACUUAAUCUCUGA